AUGGCUGCAGCAAGCGAUGGAAAAUCUAAAUUUGAUUCAGUUAAACAAGAGAUGCUAGGUCUAAUAGGUACAUCUAAGAGGGAAAUAAAAAGAAAUUGCAAUCCAAGAGCAUACAGAGGAAGCCUCCCAUCUGUGUCCCCAAAUGACAGUAAAGAUAUAGAACAAGACACAAAACAGUUCCACAGUGAAGACUUAGAAGUUAAGCCGCUGACGCGACUAGAAGAUAUACGUGUAGCAGUGAGUGAUUCAACAGACGAAACAACAGUCAAAGAAGAGUUAACAGAAAAGGAAAAUGGAACAGACGUAACAAGAGUAAAAGAACAUAUUUUAGAUCAAACAAAUGGGAACAGUGGUACAUCUGACGAAACAAAAUUCAAAGAAAGGUCAUUAGAGCUUCAAAAUGUGAUUGAUUUCAGAAGGGUUAAUGAACCGUCAUUGGAUCAAGCAAAUGGGAACAGCACAGCGUUUUGUUUUAAUUCGACAGAACGAGUAGUGGAAACAAAAGGGAUAAGUGAAACAUCUUGUGGUCCGCAUGAAAUGGCAAUACAACCUAUCAGUGUUGAAUUGGAAGAGCGGAUUACAGAGUUGGAAAAAGACAACAGAUUGUUAAAGGAAAGGAUAGACGGUUUAAAUAGAAACGAAAACGUCAUGAAUUUUCAAACAGAUCAGCAGCAGUCAGCACAUGCUGAACAUGACAAGAAAAUUAAAGGUUUGGAACAAAAAUUUGAGUCCUUGCAGCUUAAAGUGCAGAAGCUAGAACAUGAAAACCAGAAACUUAGACAAAGCAUGCAUUUUCCAGUUACAGCAGAUGAAUGGUUAGGAAUAAGCACUCAGAAUAUAGGGGAAAUGGUUUUGAAUGACAAACUAGUUACAUAUUUCAGUAAAUCUCUCAUUCCAUCGCAACUCGGUAUAACCGGAAUGUACUUUGGAUUUACUGACAGUGAAGUCUGUCACAUUAAACAUGACACAAAGGACAAUGCGAGAGAAUCUUGUCGACAAUUCCUCAAAAUCUGGUGUAAUAAGAAAGGUAAAACAGCAACCAUCGGUGUACUAUUGCUGACGCUUUAUAAAAUAUCACAAACGGAACCGUCUUGCAUUGAUGUAAAAGGUAUUAUCGAAGCUUUGAAAAAGGCAAACAAUUCUCAGAUUUUGUAGAUAGGUAUUUUGAAUUUUACACUUAUUGUGCAGUGUUACUUUUUAACGUUGUGUUUCUGUAAAUGACUAUUUUGCAAUCGUAAGAACAUAGUAUAUAUGCAGAGUGGCGGAUGAGGUUGACUUUUUUCCUGCAGAAAAAAAAACAAGUGUGCUUUAUGUUUAGAUUUAUUCAUUUUUCAAAGAGAAUUGUUACUUUUUCAAAUGUAUAAAGAUGGUUGUAGUC